AUGCCAACAAUUUCUUGGUGUGCUAUCAAAGUUGCAUCAUCUGCAUAUCCAAAAAUUUUGAACAUCCUACAUUACACCUAAUUAUUUUUUUUUGUGGAAUUUUUCGAUCUAUUGUUUCAACUCUUGUUUGAAUUUCAUAAAACAAUUAUUGAAGUAGGUAUUAAAUAGGAAAUGACUAAGUGA